GUCGACGCCCGCGGUGUUCUGUGGCCCGCGGCGCUUGUGCAUUGGCUCGUGUGUUCCUGCAUCGCGCGUUUGAUUUAAUCCGAUUGAAAGGCGUUUCGUUAAUAGACGCCGUUCGUUUUUCCGUUAACCCUGCCAGUGCGUGUUCUCCGAAGUGUACAGUCACUUCUUUUGCAAGCUUUUGCCAUGAAUCGUACCGAUUUCGACUUGGCGUUCAGCUGCCCGGUCUGUCUGGGGCCGAGUGAGAACAUGAUAUUCGGCAUGUGCCAGCACUUCGUGUGCGCUUCCUGUCUGUACGAGCCGGUCAGCGAAAGUUUGAAGCCUGCGUUCUAUUGUUGUCCCCUCUGCAAAGCCGAGGACGUGUUCCCAAAUUACUGCCCCGAAAUUCCGCUGACCACUAAGCUGCUGAUGAACAUUGUUGGCGUCGUGGAGUGCCCUCGGAAACGGUGCGGCGAAGAAAUGUGGACUUGGGAGGUGGAAGAACACCAAGGGUCUUGCGUGGGCAUCGGAAGACGGUCGUCGGCCCGUUGCUCUCGCUCCACAGCAAGUGGCCGCACUGGCCAGAGAGUCGCCACCCGCCAGAGCAAGCGGCAGAGGAGCAAGAGUCCUGUUGAACUCAAGAAGUGAACGUGGCACUGCACCUUCCUUGCUUCAAAAUUCUUUACAGGUUCCUCUGCAGAAACAUACCUGGCGAGGGAGCAAGAAAGGGGCAAGGUCUUUUCGGUCUUUUCUUAAAAAAUAAUGAGCCAGUAUUUUUAUUUCAUGUGUAUGUACGAUUUUUUGUUGUGGCAAUAAAUGUUUUCUGCUAAACUGUC